UUCUAGGUGCCUUUAUAUUCCAAUGAUUUUGAUUCAAUACAGUGAAUAGAGGCAGCGGCCUUGAUUUCUACAGCGACUGUGUCACGAUUUGAGUAGCGAGUGACCCGAUCAGCGUUUCUUUACAUACGGAUUUGUUGAGCAAAUUUUAAAAUAUGCCAGUUAUGUGAGCGCGAAUCUAUUAAUAUGGUUCGUAACGACGCAAUCACCGCUAUACAAGAACCCGUCAGAUCGAGAUCGACUUUGACGACAAGAGAAACAAGCUUGAAAGCGAGCACCGACACCGCUCAGCAGAUUGUCCAGAACUGGAUAGAGGCAGCCAGUGGAGGCACAUUCGUCUCUUCAUUUAUUGAUUCUAUUUAUGAUGGUGUUGCACUUUGUAGAUUGGUCAAUCGUAUUGAGCCUAAUCGAAUUCGCGAUGUUGUAGAAAACCCUAAUGAAGACGAAUCCCAGGAAAACCUUAAAAAAUUCCUACACGCAUGUGAUAACUUUGGUUUAUGUGAAUGGCAAUUGUUUGAUCCUGAGGAAGUUAAAAAGUCUAACAACCAAAAUUCAAUAUCACCAUCUAAAGAUGAUGUAACCCAAAAGGUUAUUAGCACUUUGUAUUUUUUGGGCUGUAUUGUCAACAACAUGUCUCAKUAUAAUGGCCCCAAGCUUGACGUCUCCAGGCUGCAUCGAAACACAGAUGGAAUUAUUGCUGUCAAGAAAAAUGGAGGAAUGCAUGGAACCUCUGGACUUGAGCACAAUAGAAGCAGUUUAUCAGCUAUGUAUGGAGGUGGAUCCAUUGAGGACAUAACGGCAGAUGAACCACAAAUGAAUGGAAGCUUAUCGAAUGGGAUGAAUGGAUAUGGAAAUGACUCAUAUAUCUCUAGCCAACCAUAUGAGUUCUCAGUCAAUGUACGGAUUAUUGGAGAAGAGAAGAGAUUUGGAUUUUCAGUAAUGGGUGGAAUUGAUGAGGGAUUUCCUCCAAGAAUUGAUAAUAUUAUUAAAGGUUCUCCAGCUGAAAGAGCAAAUCUUCAAAUUGGAGAUGAAUUACUGGAAGUGAAUGGAGUACCACUUCUGAAUUUUUCUCAUAUGGAAGUAAUUUCAUCUAUUCAUAAGUGUCUCAAGACUAGAGUAAUAGCRUUAAAGGUUCUUAGAGGUGGUGAUAAUGUUCAAGGUGGUUUUUCAACAUUUUAUGAUGACCCAACCAAUAACCAAGAAGAUAAAGUUGACUCUGUCACUCAAAAUAAGCUGAAUACUAUAAUAAAAGAUCAAGAAAGUGAUCCUCAAUUCCCAGCAUACAAUUCAGAUGYKGAAACAAAUAGYGUGAACUCUKAUACUUAUCYAGAAAGUCCCUCUAACAUGAGGCACAAUUGGAGUAAUGGAAAYUUGAAAUUGAACAAUAAUGACUUUGAAAAUAGUGACUCUCAGUCCAAUUUAAUGAAGCACAAAUCCUGGUCAAAUGCUGUUCUGGAUUUGAGGCAGUUAGAUGAGAUUGAUUCAAGUGAUCAAGGAGUAUUGAGUCAACAAAAUGAGGCUUUUGAUACAGAUAGCAAUGCAAGUACUCCUGUUCCAUAUGAACCCCAACCAGUUUCCCCGAUGGUGAAUGUUCACACUGUUGAAUCUGCACCUUCRCCGAAAACAGAUCGCAUUUCACCGAAUUCUCUUGAAACUCUGAAACCAAAAUUGAAUGGGCGAAACGAGCAAGAAAAAAUUGUUUAUUUAGAGGAAUAUUUAGCUAGUAAAGAUGUUCAGAGCGCUACAAAGAUCUAUAACACGAUAACAGAAUUAAAACAGGAAAAAAAGGGACCAGGAUUUUCUAGACCAGUAACAACAAGAUCACAUGACCUUAUAACGCAGGUUUCAACGUCACUUUCCAACAGCUCAAGAACUCAAGACGAGAGAGAGUUAGAAGAUUUGAUUUACUCGCCCAAUUUCCAGAGCUUGCUAUUUGCGCAUGACCGGAUGGCGUUCAGAGAAGCGCUGCCAGAUGAAGACGACGACUAUGACAGAGAAACAGAAGAUGAAGAUCAACAACACAGUCUAGACGAUCAAAUCUCUCAAGUUGAAGAUGAUACAGUAAAGAUUGUCCGAAUCGAUAAAUCGUCCGAUCCUUUGGGGGCUACAGUUAAGAAUGAGGACGGUUCUGUGGUUAUUGGUCGGAUUGUCAAGGGUGGUGCUGCGGAGAAAAGUGGACUCCUUCACGAAGGAGACGAAAUCUUAGAGAUCAAUGGCGUAAACAUGAAAGGACGAAGUGUUGCGCAAGUGUGCGAGCUUUUAGAAGACAUGAAUGGAACUCUAACGUUUUUAGUCAUACCCAACAAUAGAGUGAUCGGAUCUCUUAGUCGACAGCAACAUGCGGUGCACGUCAAGGCACAUUUUGAUUACGACCCUGAACACGAUGAACUGAUACCCUGUAGGGAACUGGGUUUAGCUUUUAGAAAAGGCUGUAUUCUUCAUAUUGUGAAUCAGGACGAUCCUAACUGGUGGCAAGCGUGGAGAGCUGGCGAUGAAGGGAAAAAACUAGCAGGUUUGAUUCCUUCGAAGACAUUCCAGCAACAGAGAGAAUCGUUGAAGCACACACUACCAACAGAAAAAGAACCCACUUCAAAAGACAAAAGAAAAUGCCUUUGUAUGAAGAAGAAGAGACGGAAGAAGGUUUUGUACAACGCAAAGCAAAAUGACGAUCUUGAGGACCAAACACUAACGUAUGAAGAAGUAGCGUUACUUCAACCCAGUGCGUCACGCAAGCGUCCAAUUGUACUCGUAGGGCCGGAAAAAAUCGGAAGAAAGGAACUKAGAAAAAGACUUCUUCAAUUCGAUCCUGACCGUUUUGUUCCAGCUGUUGCACAUACUAGCAAACCCAAAGAAACGGAUGAAGUAAAUGGUCGYGAUUAUUACUUUGUAACUCGACGGACAUUCGAGUCAGAUAUCGUGGCGAAUAAGUAUGUUGAACAUGGUGAAGUUUAUGGACAUUACUUUGGAAUUAGUUUUGAUUCUAUCAAGACGGUUAUCAAUACYGGACGAAUAUGUGUCUUGAAUUGUAGUUGUGAGUCGUUCAAAAUCCUACGAGCAUCAGAUAUCAGACCGUAUGGUAUCUUCAUAACUCCUGCGUCCUUCGAAAGAAUCAAGGGAUUACGGGCGGGAAGAGUUGAUCCUUUUAACCCAAGUCUCGAAAAUACAUUAUCGGACGAUGGCCUACAUAAGYUGAUCGAAGACGCUCGCCAAAUGGAAGAUACAUACGGGCAUUUGUUCGACUAUACGAUAGUCAAUACGGACUUCGAACGAACUUUUGACGAAAUACUUAAAGUAAUCGACAGACUUGAAAGAGAACCYGAAUGGGUACCCGCUUCGUGGGUUAGGUAAUCUGCGCCGAAAAUGGAAAGGAAUUUUGUAACUGUGUAAAGAGAGAACCGACUAACGCUGAUGGACGUUUUUGGAAAGGGAAGGUGGGAUGAGGCACUGGGGUUUUGCACCUUUAUGAACAUACAGCUUUUUGCAAAAAUUUCUGAAAAAUGACAAGAAUAUCUAUGUAUACAUAUAACGAUGCAUUAUGGGUAUUUUUACUGCAAAAGCAACGAAAAACCUCUUUGAAGGAGAAAUCGCAAAAUGAUUCUGUUAUAUGUUCAUCAAAAUAUUAAUGUAAUGUAAAUUAAUGAUUUAGGUAAUUAUAGAUAUUGUUAACUUUUUCAGAAUGUUUGCAAAAGGCUUUAAACAGAUAUAAAUUUAAUAAUCUAUAUCUUWAUUAUUUACAAACGCGUUUAUAAUACACCUAUUUCAACCAAUAUGAUUUUUCAAUAAAACUAUAUAAAUCGAUGCAUAGGAAAUAUUACUUUUUUGUAACAGCUAUUGUACAGUUGUCUUUCUCAACCGAAAGAUACGCAUAUAUUCAUACGUGCAAGAUUAUUCCGUAACCGUCUGUUUGCGGAUUUAUUGUACGGUAAAUUUAAUACGUAUAACAUACGCAUUAUGUUAUGUACGUAUACGUGUAUGUUAGAAAUACAACUAUGGUUAUGUUAUAUACUUUUACGUUUGGGAUAAGUUACUCCAUAGUCGUUAUAAUAUUAUUGAAUAUUAUUAAUUUUUUUUCAUAUCAUGAAUAUAUCAUUCUGCGAAAUAUUUGWUUGUACUCCGUCGGUAAAGUUAUCAGUUUUCAGGCUGGGUCCGAACAAAACUGUUUUUAUGCUGCUUUCACAUCUUUAUAAGAGCUUUUCCAGUAGUUAAAGGCCCACCUGUAUCCAACAGCCUUUGCGAUGGUUUGAAUGUUUUGUUGUGAAAGCGGCAUUCCGAUUUGUUCACAAUCUAUCCAAUAACGUUUUGAAACGUUUGUUAUAGUGAAUGGCGGUUUUAGUAAAUUGGAUCGAAGAUGAAAAACUGAGGAGUUUAUUUCUAAAGGAUUUUGAGUAGUACUAUAAGAACAACAUACACUUAAUUGCAAAAAUACUAUCUCAGGAAAAGAUCUUAAGCAUUUUCGGAAUAGAUCAAAAACUCAGCUAUAUUGCUCAUCUUUUUGAUGUAUUCCGAUGUUCCUAAAUCGCUUAUUCUCAGGCACGUUUUGCAAUAAUUUGUAUGCAUUUUGAUUCAUUUAAUUUCAUUCACUCUAAAAUAAAGUUUCCCAAUAGACCUCUGAAGCUUUUACGUCAUGUACCGUAUACGCAAUGCAUUGUAGGAAAUGUAUGGGACAGAACAUGGCGAAUUUCUUUAGUAGUUCUCUUGGAACUGAUCAGACUGAUCCCACAAUGCAUCGAAAACCAAGUAGUGACGUAAAAUUAGGUCAAUACAUAUAUUCUAAAGCUGAAUUCCAUAAUGUCGACAUUAGACUUCAUCCUUGAACAAAGCCUGYUUUGCAUGAUGUUUAGUGGACAUGUCCGCUGACCGACAACUAGAAUCUUGUAGAUAAUUUCAGUGAAAUGAGUAUUUUUAUAUAGGUCUGCGGUCAGCGACAUGACCACUUAACAUGAUUAAAAGGUAAAAGGCCAAUUUUAACAGUUCAAGGCGAGGCCUUCGAACAUGUAGGCUUAUUGUGGUACAAGCUUUUCACUUUGUAUACAGAACAUUUUAUAUAGAAGCAAAGACUCAAAAGUCGUGCAACAGGCCGCGGAAUUUACAAUGACUUUUAUGCUUCAUAACUACAAUCCUACUCGGUCGUUAAGGUUUUGCAAAAGUGAUCAUAGUUUUUUCUCAACAUUCAGGCGUUAAAAACAUCCAUUAUAAUUCUAAGUAUAACUCUAGCUUUCAUUCUCUCUGUUGAUUCAGCUUAAAAGUAAACCGCGAAGCGUCUCGAAGAGGAUUGUUGGUGUGAAAGUAUAGACUUCAUAAAGGCCAUGAGGGMUUGGGUUGGGAAUUAUACUGUAUAUUCAUAGUAAACCUAAGAUGUUUGGAAUAAGUCUUCUAAUCACAGAUAAAACGAAUAAAAUCUUUUAUACGCAUUAGCAAA